AUGUUAGAUUCUCCUCUCAAAGAUUCCCUGUUAAUUGUAAAUAUAAAUGAGGUAAAAGAGGGAUCAGGAUCAAUAUUUGGAUGUGUAAUUCAACCAUUUAAAAACAAUUUUAGGUAUCAAGAAAAUUCAAAAAACAUAGGUAGAUGUAAAAAAUGUUUUGCUUAUAUAAAUAAUUUAGUGAAAUUUGAACGUGGUGGUUGGAGAUGUAAUAUAUGUGAAUCAUUAAAUAAGAUAAAUUAUACAGGUUUUAAUAUUGAUAAUGAUAAUGAUAAUGAUAGUGAUAAUGAUAAUUAUAAUAAUAACCAAUACAAUCAACAACAACAACAACAACAAAUAUCAAGAUAUGCAAGACCAAAUAGAGAAUCAUUACCAGAAUUAUCAAAUUAUUCAAUUGAAUUAUUAGUUGAUCAAGACCAAUUUGAUGGUAGUAGUAGUGGUGGUGGUGGUGAUUAUGAUAAUACUCAACAAGAAUCAUCAUCGUCAUCAUCAUUACCAGAUUCAAUACCAUAUUCAAUGAUACCAUUGAUAAAUAAUCCAAUUUAUAUUGCAGUUGUAGAUUAUUCAGGUAAUGAAGAACAACAUGAUGCAAUCACACAAGGAUUAGAAGCAUUGAUACAUGCAUUACCAAAUAACGCAUUAUUUGGUUUAAUAACUUAUUCAACAAGAAUAGGUUUAUACAAUUUAAAUACUUCAACACCUUUAAUUAAAUUCGUUGAAAAUAUUAAUGAUUUUAAUUUCUCUGAUAUUUUAUCAAUUGAAAAGUUUUUAGUAAAUAAAGGAAAAAAUGAAUCAAAUAUAAUUAAAGCAAUUCAAUCAAUACCUUUAAUUAAUGAAACUAUAUCAAAGAAAUUAAAAUCUGUUGCAUUAUCUGAUACACUUAAAUUAUUAAUGGAUUAUUUAUCAAUUGAUUUAUUUAAAUUAAAUGUUAAAAUUGGAUUAUUUAUUUCAGAAAGUCCAAUUGAAAAUAAUUUUUCAUCACUUGAAGAUUUAUCAAAUAGUUAUGGCAAAAAAGAAUUUUUUAAACCAACAACUAAUAUCUAUAGGAAAUUAGCAGAACGUGCAAUUGAAGUUGGUGCUCAUUUCGAUAUAUUUGCAGUAGGUGAUAAAUUUUUUGAUAUAAUAAACUUUUACCAACUUGUACUUUACCACAAGAUAUGUAUAUAUAAAUUAAUUUCAUAUGGAUGGGGAUUUCAUGGUUUAUUAAGAAUUAGAACAAGUAAACAAUUCUCUGUUGAUUGUUCAUAUGGACCUGCAAUUGCAAGUAAACAAUAUGAUAAUUUAUACCAUAUUGAAGCAUCUAAUCCAUUUACAAGUAUUGCUUUUGAAUUUAAAUUUAAUAAUUCUUCAGGUUUUCAAGAUAAGGAUUUUUCACCAAAUAUACAAAUUGCAUUUUCUUAUUCAUAUUUACCACCAAUUGGAUCAUCAAAUGAUCAACAACAAAAUAAUAUAUCACCAACUUUAUUUUCAUCAAAUAAUAAUAUUUUAAAAUCAAGUGGUAAUAGUAGUAGUGCUAUUAAUUCAACAAGCAAUUCUGAUAGAAUUAUAGAGAAAAGAUUACAUAUAUUUAAUAUUAGAGUACCAGUUGCAGAUACACCAAUUGAAGUAUUUAAUUCAAUUGAUUUAGAGACAACCAUUUCAUUACUUACAAAUAAGAUAAUAAGAGAAACUUUAGAAAAAGGUAUUUCAGAGGCAAGAAUUUCACUAGUUGAUUGGUUAAAGAAUAUCAUUACAAAAUAUAACGAAAACGUUGUAAUAUUGUCAUCGGUAACUUCAUCUAUUGAUGUAAACUUUUCACAAGUCUCUCAUUUAAGACCAUUACCAAGAUACGUAUUUGCAUUGAUGAAAUCACCAAUACUUAGGGAACUAACAACCGAUAUUGAAGCAUCAACCAUAAAGAAGAAAUCUGAUGAAUGGAUUUAUCAUCAAUGUUUAUAUUCAACACUAGAGCCACGUUUAUUACAUCGUUCAAUCUAUCCAGUAUUGUAUAGUUAUGGUGCACCAAAUAAUUUAGCUUCAAAAUAUUUACCAUUAUCUCAAAAUACAAUACUCACAAGUACAUCUCAUAUCUAUUUAGUUGAUAGUUUUGAUCAACUUGUGGUUUUCUAUAAUCUUCAAGAGGUUUCUUCACAUCAUCAAUUCCCACCACCACCUGAAAGUUUAAUUCGUCAAACCAUUUCAAAUAGUAAACAAGAUCGUUUAAUUGUACCAGAAAUUCAAUAUCUUAAAGGUAAAUUAAUUGAAAAUCCAAUUGAAUUCACUAAAUUUUUAAUUGAUGAAGAAAAUAAUGCUGGUCCAUCAUUUUAUAAUUUCUUAAGAGAUAUUUCUUCAAAUGUUAAAGGUAGAUUUUAA